AUGAAGGUAACGCGCAACCUGGGGCUGCGGCCCUUCCACCCUGCGUGUGGGGGUUCACGGUUACAGAGACAUGGUUUCAUUUCUGUAAUCUUCAUUUCGGCGGUAGCUUUGUCUCUGUCUGUGAAUCUGUCCAAGUCGGUCCUCGCUGACGCAGCUGCCGAAGCGACGGUCGAAGCGCCGCGCGAUGAGGUGGCGCCUUCGUCGCUACCAGAGGCAGCUUCUCCUGGUAGCGGCGACGGGAGCGUCAAACGCGAGUCCGCCGAUGAAAGCGACUCACAGAAAAUCGAGCCCUCCGUUACCCCGCCCGAGCUGGGCGCGGCGGAGCCCAGCGCGGUAAGGGAAAAACACGUCACCCGAACAAAAGAUGUCUCUGAGGCAAGCCCAGCGAACUCAGGAAAACCUCGAGAGGGAAGCCAAGAAGCAUCAGAGAAAAGCCUGCGGGAAGAUAAGCCCAUGGCUGAGGAGGAAAAAUGCGCAGAAAGAGAAAAUAUCACUGGACAGCAGAGCGGGCCCCACGCAGACGCGGCGAGGCAGAAACGAAGCAUAAACGACUCAGGAACGCCGAAACUAGAGAGCCCAUUGCAGACUGGAGAAAGGGGGGAAGCGCUGGGACAGGAGCGUCCCGCAGAAGACGAGGGAGAAAGGCAGAAGCAGUCCGCGAGCGAAGAGCCGAGGGCCCCAGCACCGGAGGCCAGUGGAGCCGCCAGCGAGACCCCAGCAGGUGCGGGUUCGGUUGAUUCGAAAACGGACGAGAAGCAGCAGAUCGUGGUGGAAGAGGUCACACAAGCGGGGGGGAGAAAAGCCAGAAGGCUGUGA